UCGCUGUCAGUGGGUUUCUGUUUCUUUCUCUAUGGCUGCUGCUGAAUCAGACUCCAAAUCUCCUUUCUCUCUGGACUCCUACCAUGUCUCUGAGGAGUUUGGCUUCAUCCUCCCUAAUCCUCUGGAAGAGCUUCCCCCCUACUACCAGCCAUGGAUGGAUAUUGCCCUGCGAGUCCCAGAGCUUGUGCACUCUCACAAGUUGCGCAGCCAUAUUAACAAGAUGCCGCUGCUGAGCAGCCAAUUUCUGCAGAAACACCCGGAGUUACGGCUGGCCCACCUGGCCCUCAGCGUGAUGACCAUGGGCUACGCCUGGCAGGAGGGAGACAAGGGCACAGUGGAGAUGCUGCCAUAUAACCUGGCGGUCCCAUACUGGGAGGUGUCCCAGCGCUUAGGACUUCCCCCGAUUCUCACCCAUUCAGAUGCCGUACUGGCUAACUGGAGGAAGAAGGAUCCAGAGGGGCCUUUUGACAUGAAGAACCUGGAGCUGCUGGUCAGCCUCCCAGGUGGAGACAGUGUGAGAGGUUUCUUUAUGGUCACUAUGCUGGUGGAGCUAGCUGCAGUCCCGGCACUGAGGAACAUUCCCGUUGUGAUCAAUGGUGUCAGGUGUGGAGACACUGAGGCUGUGGCCAGAGCCUUAGAGGACAUCAGCCAGUCUAUCCAGGACAUGACAGAAGCAAUCAAACUGAUGCACGUGUACGUGGAGCCUUCGGUCUUCUAUGGCAUUAUGAGGAUCUACUUGUCUGGGUGGAAAGACAACCCCUCUAUGCCAAAGGGGUUGAUUUAUGAAGGCGUCCAGGCAGAGCCAAUGGAGUAUUCUGGUGGGAGCGCUGCACAGAGCAGCCUCCUGCACUGCUUCGAUGAACUUCUGGGAGUCAAACAUGAAGAAAAAAGUGGCGCCUUUCUAACCCGCAUGAGGAACUACAUGCCACCUGCCCACAAGCAGCUGAUCCAGGACAUCUCGUUGCAACCUUCCCUAAAGAGUUUUGUCCAGCAGCAGGCCAGCGAGCGGCUAAGACAGGCCUUUCAGCACUGCGUCACAAAACUGUUGGCUUUGCGCAGCUACCACAUCAAUGUUGUCAGCCGCUUCAUCACUGUACCCGCUGCCCACGCCCGACAACUUCGAAAUCAGAGCCAGGAGUUAGAGCAGGAGAUGAUCAGCAGAGCACCCACAGCAUUAGAGGAGAGGGGCACCGGUGGCUCUUCGAUCAUGUCCUUCCUUAAGACUGUGAGGAACCAAACAAAAGACACCUUGCUGCCUGAGACAGGCAAAGAGAUGGAGCACCACAGCUAAUGUGAGCUGUCAUCACUGAGGAUAAA